AUGCUCCUCACACACUACCGAUUCCCACGCUCUAUCCACCGCCACCUCUCUCAACCGCUACCCCCCACAACCGCCGCCAGAAAGCUGGUCCCUUUCAUCAGCAUGUCUACGUCAUCGCGGCCGGAAGCCGCCGUCGACCAACAGGAGCUCCUAACCCAGGUGCUGAGAUACCACGACCAGACCAAGCACGGGUUCGCCAGCUACUCGCGUGGCCCCCACGGCCUUGAUUGGGCUAACCAGCCCAACCCUUUCCGCCGCUACCUCGCCGCUCCUCUCCUCCCCCUCCUCCACCCCUCCUCUGGCGAAGGAUUGAAUAAUCCGCCGCCUCUCUACACCUCCCUGUACACUGCCCUCCCUCCGCCGGAGCCGAUCUCCAAAACCACAAUCUCCCAGCUCUUCUACAACUCCCUCGCCCUGUCCGCGUGGAAGACCACCGGAUUCUCGACGUGGUCGCUGCGCGUGAACCCCAGCAGCGGCAACCUGCACCCGACGGAGGCUUACAUCAUCUCGCCAGCCGUCGAAUCCCUCUCCGACCAAGCAUUCGUCGCCCACUACGCGCCGAAGGAGCACGCGCUCGAGCUCAGGGCUCGGAUCCCAUCUGGGUUCUUCCAUGGCUCCUUUCCAGAGAACUUCUUCUUAAUCGGACUGUCGUCUAUUUUCUGGCGGGAAGCGUGGAAGUACGGCGAGAGGGCGUUUAGGUACUGUAAUCACGACGUGGGGCACGCGAUAGCAGCUGUCACCAUGGCUGCAGCUGGGCUUGGAUGGGAUGUUAGGGUUUUAGACGGGUUCGGAUAUAAUGAGCUGGAAAAAUUGAUGGGUUUAGAAAAAUUUCCCAAAUUUGCUGUUCCCAGCAGGCCUAUGAGAGGUGAAAUGCCCGAGAUUGAGUUCGAGCAUCCCGAUUGCGUGCUGUUGGUUUUUCCUAAAGGUUCGGAGGAAUUCGAGGUGGAUUAUGAGAAAGUGAAGGGGGCUCUAUUCGAAUUUUCCAAUCUUGAUUGGGAAGGAAAACCAAAUAUGCUUAGCAAAUCGCAUGUGUGUUGGGAUAUUAUCUAUAGAACAGCUGAGGCUGUAAAGAAACCACUAAAUGUGACUAAAGAAGUGAUUUCAAAGCCUUUUAAAAGUAGCCGGAUAAUUAGCGAGAGUUCUUACAAAGUUUUGAGUCUAAACGAGUUGGUGAGAAAACGAAGGAGUGCAGUAGCUAUGGAUGGUGUUACAAAAAUCACAAAAGAAACUUUUUUUCAGAUUAUGUUACAUUGUAUGCCUACGGGUUAUGAAGAUAGUCGAGAGAAGCAAGGGAAGCAAUUGGCUUUACCUUUUCGAGCUUUGCCUUGGGAUUCUGAAGUGCAUUGUGCUAUCUUUGUACAUAGGGUUAUUGGUUUGCCUAGUGGAUUGUACUUUCUGGUAAGGAAUGAGAACCAAUUUAAUGAGCUUAAGACAGCUACUAGACAAGAAUUGGAGUGGGUGAAGCCUGAAGGCUGCCCGGAGGAUCUUCCUUUGUACGAACUCGCACGAGGUGCUUUUUGCAAGCUUUCAGAACGGAUUUCAUGCCACCAGGACAUUGCUUCUGAUGGGUGUUUCAGCCUUGGUAUGGUGGCACGUCUCGAGAUCCCUCUGUGUGAAAAGGGAGCUUGGAUGUACCCAAGGCUAUUUUGGGAAACUGGGGUGCUUGGGCAAGUUCUGUAUCUCGAAGCACAUGCUGUUGGAAUUUCUGCUACUGGAAUUGGAUGCUUUUUUGAUGAUCCAGUGCACGAGGUUCUUGGGUUUAAAGGGUCGAAAUUUCAGAGCCUUUAUCAUUUUACUGUUGGUGGCCCGGUGGUUGAUAAGCGGAUCAUGAGCUUGCCAGCUUAUCCGGGCCCGGACGAAAAUGCUUGA